AUGCUAUUUCUCUUCAGACAAUUGCGAGACACUUUUGGACAGUCGUAUAGCAAGAAAGAGCAGAUCAGAUUAUCAAGGAGAGCGUUUUUCCAACUUCUAGGGUACCUUGGUGGAUGCGUGAUGAUCUCGUUGGCUGCACAAUCUAAAUACAUAGAGUGA